AUGGCUCCCAGGAAGAGGAUCGCCAUCAUGACCUCGGGCGGUGACUCGCCGGGGAUGAAUGGUGUGGUGCGCGCCUGCGUGCGCAUGGCUAUCCACAUGGGUUGCGAUGCGCUCUGUGUCUAUGAGGGCUACGAGGGGCUGGUCCGGGGCGGAGACUACAUCCGCCAGAUGGAGUGGCACGAUGUGCGUGGAUGGCUCUCGGAGGGCGGCACCCUGAUCGGAACCGCUCGCUGUAUGGCCUUCUUUGAGCGUGCUGGUCGCCUGAAAGCCGCCAAGAACAUGGUUCUCAACGGAAUCGACGCCCUGAUCAUCUGUGGAGGAGACGGCUCUCUCACGGGUGCAGACAGGUUCCGCGAGGAAUGGCCGUCGCUGCUGCAGGAACUCGUGGCCACCGGCGAGCUGAAGCCCGCGCAGGUAGAGCCGUACCAGCAUCUCAACCUCGUCGGUCUCGUGGGGUCCAUCGACAACGACCUGUCGGGCACGGAUGCAACAAUUGGUUGUUAUUCGGCCCUCUCAAGGGUCUGCGAGAUGGUCGACUAUAUCGAGGCCACCGCCACUUCGCAUUCUCGUGCCUUCGUCAUUGAGGUCAUGGGCCGGCACUGCGGCUGGCUCGCCCUGAUGGGUGGUGUCGCAACUGGCGCCGAUUCCAUCUUCAUCCCUGAGAAACCUAAGCGGGACGACUGGCGAGAGGAGAUGCGCGCUCUAGUAGAAAAGCACCGGAAAUCCGGGAAGCGCAAGACCAUUGUCAUCAUUGCAGAGGGCGCUCAAGACCGACAUGGGCACAAGAUCACCCCUGAGAUGGUUAAGGACCUUCUCGCAGACAAGAACGGGCUAGCACUCGAUACUCGCAUCACGACCCUGGGUCACGUCCAGCGGGGAGGCACCGCCGUUGCUUACGAUCGGAUGCUUGCGACUUUGCAGGGUGUCGAGGCGGUCAGGGCUGUGCUGGAGGCAACCCCUGAGACGAAGACGAGUUUCAUCGCAAUCACAGAGAACAAGAUUGCCCGAAAGCCGCUCAUGGAAGCCGUCCAAGAAACCAAGUCUAUCGCUAAAGCGAUCGAGGCCCAAGAAUUUGAGAAGGCUAUGACGAUGCGGGACACCGAGUUUUACGAUCAGUACACAUCAUACAUGAUGACCUCGGCGGUGCAGGACCAGACGAUGCUGCUACCAGAGAAGGAGCGAAUGAAAAUAGGUUUCAUAAACGUUGGUGCGCCCGCCGGUGGCAUGAAUGCCGCUAUGCGAGCCGGCGUCGCUUAUUGCAUGAGCCGAGGCCACGAAGCUGUCGCGAUACAUAACGGGUUCGCGGGCUUCUCCCGGCACCACGGCGAUACACCUCUUGGCGCAGUCCGGCCGUUCAACUGGCUGGAAGUCGACGGGUGGGCAAGCAAGGGAGGCUCGGAAAUCGGUACCAACCGGGAGCUCCCUAGCGAGUCAGGCAUGGAGACGAUCGCCAACUUGAUCGAAUUUUAUCAGUUCGACGCUCUCUUCCUCAUUGGUGGGUUUGAGGCUUUCCAUGCCAUCUCGCAACUACGGGAAGCUCGGGCACAGUACCCAUCCCUCUGCAUCCCCAUGACGCUGCUCCCGGCGACCAUCUCGAACAACGUUCCGGGUACCGAGUAUUCUCUGGGCUCCGACACCUGCCUGAACGAGCUUGUCAACUACUGCGACAAGAUCAAGCAGUCCGCCUCGGCCACUCGCCGCCGCGUCUUCGUGAUCGAGACCCAGGGCGGCCGCUCGGGCUACGUCGCGACGCUCGCCGGCCUGGGGGUCGGCGCCACCGCCAUCUACACUCCCGAGGAGGGCAUCAGCCUCGAUAUGCUCGCGUCCGACGUGCGGCACCUCAAGGAGGUCUUCGCCAACGACAAGGGCCAGUCCCGGGCCGGGCGGCUCAUCCUCGUCAACGAGAAGGCGUCUAAGGUGUACAAGGCGAAGCUCAUUGCCGACAUCAUCCGCGAGGAGGCGCACGACCGAUUUGAGGCCCGCGACAGCAUUCCUGGCCACGUGCAGCAAGGCGGCGUGCCGUCGCCCAUGGACCGGUGCCGCGCCGUGCGGCUGGCCAUCAAGUGCAUCCAGCACCUCGAGCAGUUCGGCAAGAACGCGCACAACAAGGCCAAGAAGGACCCCAACAGCGCGACUGUCAUCGGCAUCAAGGGCGCCGGCGUCGUCUUCACGCCCAUGUCCGAGCUCGAGGAGAUGGACACGGACUGGCCCAACCGCCGCGCAAAGGCCGCCUUCUGGCUGGACAUGAAGGAGACGGCUGACAUCCUGGGCGGCAGGCCGAAGCACCACCCCCCCGAGCGGAACCUCACCGGCCUCCGGGCCAAGGAUGUCAAGCGCGGCAUCAGCCCGAGCCCGGCCCCGAUCCCCCGGUAG